UGCCUGUCCCCGGCGCAUACAGCAGCGAUGUCGCACACGCCCACGCCCAGCUGAGCAUGCAAGACGGCCCGACCAGCCGUCUUCGUCCAGAGUCACGCCCGCCGCGGUUCCAUCACAGACCCGCCCCUCCACGCGGCCGCCUCAUCAAGACGCGCUUACACCGUCUCCCUACGCACGCUUCCCGAGCUUCCCAUCGUGCGCAUGGAGGUCCCGCAGCUCACCGCGCUCUUAAAGACAUCAAAUACGCGUGUCUGUCUCCGCGUCGGGGAAGCUGCCGUUCGACUGCAACGCCCUCCCGCCCGGCCUCACGCUGUCGGGCGGUCUUUUCCCGCUGUGCGCACACGCCUGCCUCGCCGAUCGACCGCGCGCACACUCGCCGCGCCGGACUCCACCCCCUAUACCCCCUCCCCUUCCUCUCGCUGAUGCAGCGCACCGCGGCGCGGCGUGACAUUUCGUGUACUGUACAUAUCUAAACAGCGUCGGCGCGCGCAGGUGGCAGCUGUAUUGACGGCUCGUUACUACCAGCUGCUCUGUUCCGUACGGUGUAAAUAGAUACACUAUUCAAUGCUAGACGUACCAAACUUUCUCUCAUCUUCGUGCGUGAGUCGAGCGAGAGCGAACGAGAAGCCAGCAAGUGCUGCCCCCGCCGCGUCGCGUCGCGCCUCACACCGAGGAGACGCACCCCUUUCCAACGCCGAAAGCGCGGGAUUUCUGACCUCACCGACGCGCCGCUUACGAC